AUGACAGCGUCGUCCGAUGCGCUGCCCCCUGUAUUCUCUUUGCGUCGAUCUGCAACGCUGCCAACCAAGUUGAGCCCGAGAAAGCAGCGAUUCUCAGACAGCGCGUUCUCGCCUGAGGACCAUUUCUUUUAUCAUCCAUCUGCGAAGAUUGUCCAUUUCGCCCCGAGAGCACUUGCGCCCAUCCCAUCGAGUUCCGGACCCUCUGAUUUCGACUAUCCGGUAGAUACGAUCGAGACUCUACCAUGGCGAUCGCCUACAGAAAGAACGGUUGCCUUUGCGCCACUGAGACUCGAGAAGGUCCAGGGUCUGACGGUGUUUCUAAAAUGUGGUAGUGUGGUGCAUGCGAUCUUGAAGAACUCUCAGUGCUGGUGUGUGGAUGGGGAAUCGACGUUUGUGUUGCGUAUCCGCCCUUUAACAUACUAUCGAAUCGAGCUGCCAAACGAGACGGAGGGGGAUAAAACAAAGGUUGGAGAGCUGAAGACUGCUCUGUCUGGUGUUCUGCGAUACGAGGUUACGCCCUGUCCGUUCAAACGAGGCUUUACCGUGGAGAUUCCGGAAGAAGCGAAAGCCCCCCGGCGCAAAAGAGCAUGGCGCCCGAAGGGACGGAGAGAAAGCGCUCCAGCAGUCUCAUCGUUUGCAGGCCAAUCCCUGCAGGAAGAGGAGGAUCCUGCUGAGUGUGGGAAAGAUACGAGUGAUACCCCGAGCACCGGUGAAGACACGGACGGAAGUACGACGGAUGACAACUGCGUCACAUCGAAGAAUGGUGGCAAUUCUGUCCUAGAAACCAUUCCUGACGAAACGGAACCUGUGGUGAUCAAACACUCAGAACCGAUUGAGAUCCCAGCUCCUGAACCCCGACCGAGUUUCGAUACCUUGCUGGCAAGGUUUAAUACUGAUCCCGAGCCGGAGGUUGAUCCCGAUAUUUCAUUCUCGUCGAGCGUCGACUCCUUUCACUCUGUACAAGUAUCAUCACAUUUACCAGAAGCCCCUUCCGAUCUUAUUCUGGACAGCUCGGAAUCCGAUUCAGUUGCCUAUGUCGAGGAAGACUCAACAGAGAUCUCGCAGCCUUGGACUGCAGUGCCGAAAAGAGACUCGAUCGAUUCCGGACCUGCACCCAAAUCAUUCCUUGCUGUUCCUGGAGGCUAUGAGUCUUCUGAGUCGGCAAUCAUGCCCACCGGGGUCUCUUCGCCCACUAAUAUGCAUCGCAAUUCCGCCUUGAGUCAUGAACUUCGUCGCCGCGUGAAGGCUUCCAGGAACCGAGACGUCUCCCCUUUGCCCCCGUCUUCAACGCUAUACCACCCUGGGUCGGAUUCAAGCAAGCAGAUCACGGCUUCCUUCAUUCGCAAGAGCUGCACUCUGGUCCUCAUCCCUCCCAUCCAGCUUUUCAUCGUGCUCAUCCAUAUUGCCGCUAGAAUCGUAUUAGGCCCUGCUUUGAACCCAACACUCGCGGAUCUGCACCCACGACUGGAGCAACAGUCCGUCUCAAACAGGCGAGAAAAUGAGGAUGACUUUGGUCUGCCUCUUCCUUCGGAUAUCUCUUCACCGUCGGGCGAGACACAGUCAUCGGCUGACCUUGAUUGA